AUGUCAGUAAUGUAUCACCCACUAGCUAGGACUAUCAAUCAGAGAGGGAAUUCCGGAUGCUUGACCCCAAAUAAUCAGAUAGAGGCCGAAGCAAACUCACCCACAAUUAGUAAGCAAGAUAACUUUUAUAAGCCAAGUAGUAGCAAUACUACUACAUCUAGUGCCAGUGGAGGUAGCACGAUUUUGAGUCCGCCAUUGUCACCAUAUCAGAGAAAUAGCACCACCACUAAUGACAGUAUUGAAGAGAAUAAUACCGCACAAGGUGGUGCAUUGACCAAGAACUAUGUUUUGAGUUCGAGUCCGUUCAAGAUAGAGAACUACAAGAAAUACGAAUUGAAGGUGAAUGCAUGGAACGGGCUUGAUUCGAAUUACAAGGCCAAGCAAUUCAAGUUUCUCGAGCAGUAUUCGAUCAUUUCAGCGAAAGAGAAGUCGCAGCCACAGCCAAAUAGAAGAAUAACGAACCGCAAAAGGGAAUUCAAUUCAGAUAGCGAUUCUGAAUUUACCAACACAGAGAGAGUGCGGACCAGGAGAAUAGCGAAAGAGAGUUCUGUCGCUGGAAGCGGUGUGUCGGACAUCGAAUCGUCGAGAAACAGUUCACAGUCACCAUCUCCAAGAAAGAAGAAGGCCAGAAAAGAGGCUUCUUACACCGGGUCACCAUUGGCGAUCCAGCAGGCAUCUUUCAUAGACGAGAACAUCCCUGAUUACUCUCCGGAUGUUUCGACGUUACCCAAGGGCAAUAACAGAAGCUUGAAGGUCGAGUGGAAAGGACAGCCAAUGGACUUGAGGAACGAUCCAAAUGCAGACAAAAUACAUCCGGCAGAGGUCUUGUUAGCUUCGACAUUGAGAUUGCCAUGUAAUGUGUAUCUUGAUUCGAAGAGAAGGUUGUUUUACGAGAAGGUCAAUCGUAUGAAGAGUGGCAUGCAAUUCAGGCGUACAGAUGCGCAAAAGGCCUGUAGGAUCGAUGUCAACAAGGCCAGUAGACUAUUUGCAGCUUUCGAAAAGGUUGGAUGGUUAAACGACGUUCAUUUCACGAAAUAUUUGUAA